AUGGAGCGGGCCUUGGCGGCCGCUUACUCCGCCACCUCUCCUGCCCCAGAACCUGCCUCCGCCGCCUCCUUCCCCGCCUCCGCCCCCCGCUUCGCCGCCGCCGCCGCCCUCCCCUCCUCCGCCCGCGCCCGCGCCUUCCCCGCCCCCUCCGCCCUCUCCCCCGCCGCCGCCGCCGCCUCCGGCUCCCGCUUCGCCGCCGCCUCUGCUCGGCCCGGGGCCCUGAGAGGCGGCCACCUUGGGUCUCCCUCGCGGGCCCGGGGCGCAGGCAUGGCGGACGGCGGCGGCGGCGGCGCGGGCGGCGGGGGCGCGGGCCCGGCGGCGGCGGGGCCGGGGGCGGCCGCGGCGGGCGGCGGCGGCGGCGGCGGCCCCAUCAACCCGGCCUCGCUGCCUCCCGGGGACCCGCAGCUCAUCGCGCUCAUCGUGGAGCAGCUCAAGAGCCGCGGCCUGUUUGACAGCUUCCGCCGGGACUGCCUGGCCGACGUGGACACCAAGCCGGCCUACCAGAACCUGAGGCAGAAAGUGGAUAACUUUGUCUCCACACAUCUGGACAAGCAGGAGUGGAACCCGACGAUGAACAAGAACCAGCUGCGGAACGGCCUGCGGCAGAGCGUGGUUCAGUCGGGGAUGUUGGAAGCCGGAGUGGACAGGAUCAUCUCUCAGGUGGUGGACCCCAAGCUGAACCACAUCUUCAGGCCACAGAUCGAGCGAGCCAUCCACGAGUUCCUGGCAGCCAAGAAGCGGGAAGCCGCACCAGCGCCCCCUCCGGAGCCGGAGGGCCAGGACGGCCCGGGCCCCGCCCAGGACGCCUCCUGA